AUGGCGAGCAGCAGCAGCAGUGAUGAUGAUGACGACAUUGAACGCGAAGCCGCGACUGCGGAGGUGCCGCUGCUGAGCGAGUGGAGGGAUGGUCCUCACAGCGACGAACCUGGUAGCCUGUACGGAUACCGACAGAAUGUGGUCAUACUCUGCCUCGCCAUCGUCCUGCUGAUUUCGCUCGGCGCCGGGGUGUUGACGCCCCCCCUCAACGCCCUCUUGGAGGACAUUAUCUGCCGGCAAUAUCACCCCGAAGUCGCAGCUGGCCCAGGUGUCCUGUCCAACGAUCCGAUGUGCAAAUAUCCAGACGUCCAGGGGAGGCUGGCCAUUAUCCGCGGAUGGGCUACCACGUUUGAUUGCAUUCCGGGUAUACUCGGCGCGGUUCCGUAUGGCAUUCUCUCGGACAAGUGGGGACGGAAACCCGUCAUGGCACUCUCGCUCAUUGGAUUUGCACUGUCUGUCGCGUAUAUCUGCCUUGUGGUCUGGCUCCCAGAUGUCUUCCCUCUCUGGUCGAUAUGGUUCAGUUCCGCCUUCAUGCUUAUUGGUGGCUCAACGAGCGUGGCGCAAGCCAUGCUGUACACUGUCGUGGCCGAUGUGGUUCCCGUCGCAGAGCGAGCCACUGUUUUCUUCCAAAUCGUAUCGACGUUCUUGGUUGCGUCCAUGAUAGGAAGCCCCCUUGCCGGCGUCCUGAUGCGUCGAUCGCCGUGGAUUGCCCUUCUAACCGGACUCGGCCUGCUUGUCCUGUCAACGAUUACCUCCUUUGCUGUGCCAGAGACCUUGCAUUUCAACAAACCAGGGGACAACCUGGAGGCAGGAAGUGACCAGGACGAUGACCUAGAUACCGCCACCCUCGCACACGAUCCGAAAGAUUCGGAACUGCGGAAACUCAUUACCAAGGCGCGAGAGGACCUGGCUGAGAUAUGGAAGUUCAUUAUCGGCAACAAGGAUAUCGCAUUCCUGUUGAUAUCCAUCGUCUUUGUUGUGCUGGGGAAAUUCGUCCAGGAGAUGCUCUUGCAAUACGCUAGCAAACGAUUCGGCUGGUCCUGGGAUGAGGCCGCCAUCUUCCUCACCAUUCAUGGUGCCGGCAACUUGGUCGUUCUGAUCGUGCUCCUCCCCGCGGUCAGCUGGUUGUGCAUGAACUACCUAAAGAUGUCGGCCCCGGCUAAGGACCUCUGGCUUGCUCGUAUCUCUGGCAUAAUCCUGGUUGCGGGUGCCGUCAUGAUCGCCUUCUCUGCCAAUGCCCUCGUCCUGUCCUUUGCCCUGAUCAUCUUCGCUGGCGGCGCCGGCCUUACGUCCCUCCUCCGCAGUCUCAUGAACUCGCUGGUUGAGGCGCACCACGUCGGCACCCUCAACUCGCUCAUCGGGUUUAUGGAGAACGUGGGACUGAUGAUCGCCGGGCCGACGCUGUCGGAAGCCCUCCGCAUCGGCAUCGAGCUGGGCGGGCCGUGGAUCGGCCUCCCGUUCCUCUGCGCGGCCCUGCUGUUCUCCGUAUCUACCGCCGUCGUGUGGGCCUUCCGGAUGCCCGGCAGGGGGCAGUCCGCGUGA